AUGUCAAGUUUCGAGGCCACAAAAGAAACCCUCCGUCUUCCCCGAUCCGACACUUGCCUCGGGUGGCACUGUCUCAACUCAGCAACACGAUUUGGCAUCAUAUUCUCCAUUGUUGUUGCAGUUAUCAUCCUGUCGAUUGUUUGGAUGUACUGUGCGGGUCGAGCGAGAAUCUUCCGGAUCAAAACCAAAACGAAUCAUGCGUCUAGAGUGCAGAGAGAACGGCGUUACCAAUUCACCCGGAAGGGCACAGCAAAGCCAACACCGUAUUCAGUGCCACAAAACUUCGUCUUCGGGAACGGAAUGCCUCCAAACUUUCCUGGUUAUUACUUGCCAGCGCCCCAGGUGUUACCAGCGCAGCCAUUUGGCGUCAUAGGUGCUCACAAUGCUCAAAUCCACACGAUGGCUCCAACAAGUUUGCCACAGGGAACACAAUACCCUACAUAUCCUGGUGUAACAGCUCCCGAGCUGCCAAAAACAAAAGAUUCUCGCACAGAGCCAAGCCGAACUCCGGACGAAUGUUCAUCGAGUCAUCCUACAUGGUGGCAACGCUUCUAUAGGGCUUUCAACCUCCCUGCUGGAGCGGCAUCUACCAUUGCGAGUUCUCCCUCUCCUUCUCCAGAACCUGAACAGAGAGCAAUCAUCAGGAUCGAACAUUCAACUACAGAUAGGCGCCUCGAAAACACCAUGCCGCAAUUCGACAAUCAUGUAGAUGAAGGCAUUUUCGAAACAACAGCCACAGAGCAGGAUGAUGCUUCGUCCAUGCUAUGCAAUCUUGACGCUUCUAACGACUCGAAGGAGUCAAUUCGGAGCGAUGCUGCCACGGUCCACAGCGACGAUUUUGAAGUGAAUCCUCGGCGCCGGUGA